AAACAAACCACGAACUCCAACAGCUCCAAUUGCCAUUUUCCCAACUAUCACCAUUUCUCGACGCUGUCGCAUGUAAAAAUUUACUAUCGAAAAUUUAGCGUACCUAGGAAGGUAACGAACCAAUUGACUCAUCUAAAUUACUAUUUAUAUUUUCUUUAUUCAUAACUACCUAGUUACCUAAUAAAUCACCAUGGCCACUGAUGUGGAUCUACCGAAACGCCAAAUCACCCCAGUUCCAGUACCUAUUCUCCCUGUAUCCGUUCCCCAGAAACGACCUCUCGAAGACGACCACGCGCCUCCAGUUUCUUCACCUCUCAACCCAAACCCAGAUGUAAAGCCUAGUAAAUCUCAGUCGCAUGACGACGUAGCGGUCAUGGCGCGCGAGAAACCUGGAAGAGGUAAAAAGGAUACUUUAAAAAAACGAGAAUCGAAAGCUGGAGCUGGAGCGGAGAGCUCCAGAGCGACACCCGAUCCCAAGAUCAAGGAGCUUCAGUUACCUCCGAACGAGUCUUCGCCUCUACGUUAUAAGCUAGCACCCCCGAAGCCUUCGGAUUUCGAAACAGCUCGAGGUCCCGUAUUUACUCCCCAUCACGAAGUCACCGCCCCCGACGGAACUACCAUCCAAUUCUACGAAACAUCAGAACACGUCUACAACAAGAAGAGUUAUCACUACUUACACUGCAUAGCCGACCCUGCCUUCCCAUCCUCCUUUUACUAUCGACAAACCGAACCCGAACCCUACGGUGCUCAUAUCAGCUUCGAAGAUGCCGCCACACAUGUCUACAUGGACCAAUUAGGUCGACACAUAACGACAGAUAAGGGUUUUAGAACGGCAAGAGCCAAUGUUGCCAUUCGCCAAGGCCGAUGGUAUUGGGAGUGCAAGAUUACUCGAGGUACUACGAAGAGCAACCCAGAUGGAAGUGUCGAGUCGCACGGUCACGUACGUUUAGGAUUUGCGAGACGAGAGGCUUCGUUGGACGCGCCAGUUGGUUACGAUGCGUACAGCUACGGAAUUCGAGAUGUGCAGGGCCAGAAGGUACACAUGUCGCGACCUAAGGACUUCUUCCCCCCCGGCGAAGAGAUCAAGGAAGGUGACGUAGUUGGACUUGAGAUCCAACUACCGUCGGAGCAAUUACACAGAAAGGUUGUCCUGGGACAAUAUAAUCCGGCCGUGGACUCGCUAGACGAUGAAGAACCGACUACAGAAGCUGCCAAUAUCGUUCGGGAUAGGAUACCGAUUCGCUUCAAGCAGCAUAUCUACCUCGAGAAAAUCGACUACCACACGAGUAAGGAGCUAGAGGAUCUUAUGAACCCUUCACCGGCGGGUCCUUCGGGUACGAUAGGUAGUAGGCCCGCCGAUCGUCCGAACCCCAACCACCAGGUUCCAGCUCUACGCACCUUACCUAAGUCCUGCAUUAAAAUAUACAAGAACGGCGUGCUGAUGGGAACACCCUUUACGGAUUUACUCGCCUUCCUUCCACCAGCUUCGAAGCCGCAGAUCCAAGUAGGCGCAAGAGAAGGCAUGGACGACGGCAUGGCCGGAUACUACCCCGCGAUCAGCGUGUUCCGAGGCGGCGCCGCCGAAGUCAAUUUCGGCCCGAACUUCUGGUACCCUCCCCCGGAGUACCUCGACUCUAGCCUCGAUCCCCUAGACCCCGACGGCGACGGUGACGUGGAAAUGGUCGACGUUGACACUGUCAAGGUCGCCACGGCCUCCAAAACCAUUAACAAUAAGGACAAGGUCCGUCCCGUAGCAGAGCGGUAUGACGAGCAGAUCGUGGAAGACGUGGUGGCGGAUAUCGUCGACGAGAUCGACUGCUGGAUGCGCGAUGGGGCACGCGUGAUCGACCGUACCGGCGGUAGAGACGCUAAGGCGGAGACGACGGCCGGGAUCGCGCCCGCUAGGGAGGAAAUCAAGGAGCUCGUGCAGGACGACUAGGUUCCGUCACGGUCUGGGGCUGCGAGAGGAUCUUCCUUGGGGGGCGUUGGUGUUGGGACUGGGGAUGGUGUUUCUGUUAAGGAUAAUGAUAAAGAUGAGGAUAUGGGUGAGGAUGGGGGUGGAGAUGUGGAGAGUGGGGGUGAGAUUGAGCCUGAAUUAGGUCCCGAGCCUGAGCCUGAGCUGGAGCCGGAGCCGGAGCCGGAGCCCGAACCUGAACCGGAAGCGGAACCUGAGCCUGAACUUGAAAAGCCCUUGCCAAGUCGGGUACAGAGCCUAAGGUCCAUGAAGUCCAGGGAGAAAGAAAUCAAGAAAGCGAAAGAGAAAAAAAGACAGAUGGAAAGGGAGUUGGAGAUGGAGAAGGGGAAGGAGAGACGAAGAAGCUUAAGACAAAGAUAGGGGUGAUGAGAUUUGGUGUGCUGCUGCUGGUGAUUUGAUUUGGUUGGGCUUGGUUUGCCCUCUACCUAGUGAGUAGGUCUCUUGCUUCGAUUUGGGCUGAGAUGUUAGUGUAAUGAUGCGAGCUACUCGAGGGCCUUAAGUUAUGCUGAACUGCGACUUAGGUGUGUAGUAAGUCUAAGAAGUCAAUGAGAUUAAUAUUUGAUGUUUUCUUGUUGAGAGGG